AUUAUUGCAUGGAUGAUGACUCUAAUGUGGUGCAUGCUAUUGUAUAAAUCAAUUUUUUUUUUCUUUUCCCUCAAAACUUUCCCUUACUUUUUAAUCCACCAUAAAUAGUAAGCAAACCCUACCAAAUAUGACAUCUUUUAGUCCUAAUUGAACCCAAAAACUUGUUGUACCUUAAAAACAAAACUAAACAAAAUUCAAGCCAUCAACAAACCAUGUAUUUCUCCAAAUCACAUAUGCCAACAGCAACCUCUAUAUUCUCAGCUUACGCCUCUCUUUCAACCUUGUUAAUGCUCUUACGCUCAAUCUUCCAUGACUUCAUACCUAACCCCAUCCGUAUUUACAUGUUCUCCCUUCUCAAUCAUCUCUUCAACCGUCGUUCGAACAACCUCACACUCGUCAUCGAAGAAGUUAACUCCACCGGUAUUGGCCGCAACCAAGUCUACGACGCCGCCGAAGUCUACCUCUCCGCCAAAGUCACCACUCCCUCCACUGAUCGCCUCAAGAUAAGCAAAUCACCGCAAGACAAAUCCCUCACUAUUCGCUUCGAAAAGGGCGAAGAAAUCGACGAUUUCUUCGACAACAUCCACCUUCGAUGGUGUUUCAUCUCGAUAGAACCAGAAAACCUACGCUCAUCUUCGAGUGGACCCGACAACGAUGGACUCCCUACAUCGAUACCCGAAACCCGGUUUUUCGAGCUCUCCUUCGACAAAAAAUUCAAGGAGAAAGUCAUAAACUCCUACAUACCUUACAUGUUGGCCAAAUCAAAAUCAAUGAUUGAUAAAGAAAGAACCUUAAAGUUAUGUACACUUGCUAGUAGGUUUAAUGGUGUGAAUGUUUAUUGGGAUACUAUAAACUUGGAACAUCCAUCGACAUUCGAUACAUUGGCGAUGGAUCCGAGUUCGAAAACGUCGAUAAUGGAGGAUUUGGAUCGUUUUGUUAGGCGUCGAGAGUUUUAUAGGAAAGUUGGACGAGCGUGGAAACGAGGGUAUUUGUUGUAUGGACCUCCAGGAACAGGAAAAUCCAGUUUAAUAGCUGCCAUGGCUAAUUACUUAAGGUUUGAUAUUUAUGAUUUACAACUGGGAAAUUUGAUUAAGGAUUCUGAUUUAAGAAGGUUAUUACUUGCUACGGCUAAUCGUUCUAUUUUGGUCAUUGAAGAUAUUGAUUGUACUAUCGACAUUAAAAACCGAUGUACUCAGAGUUUUAAUGACACUGGAUUAUCUUCUCCUCAUAAACCUCCAGAAGUUCAGCGGACGAUCAUGGAUACUAUAACUCAAUUAUUAGCUCGAUGGAUGUUGACACUAUCUGGGUUACUUAAUUUCAUAGAUGGCUUAUGGUCAAGCUGCGGUGAUGAAAGAAUCAUAGUCUUCACAACAAACCACAAGGAGAAGCUUGAUCCUGCAUUACUACGUCCAGGACGAAUGGACAUGCACAUUCACAUGUCGUAUUUAACAUUUCCAAGUUUCAAGAUCUUAGCUUCCAACUAUCUCGAUAUCGAUGGCGAACAUCGGCUUUUCGAGGAGAUCGAAAGGAUGAUCGACAUCGUUAAUGUGACUCCUGCUCAAGUCGCGGAAGAGUUGAUGAGAUCGGAAGAUAAUGUCGAUGAAGCUCUUCAAGCAGUUCUUACGCUUCUUAGGAGGAAGAAGGAGGAUAUGAGGGAUAAUGAAGAUCAUUUUAUUGUCAAGGGUGAAGGAAUGGAUGAUAUUGUUGAUUAAAUUUGUGUAGCGAAGAAGAAAAAAGAUUCAUGAAGAUUUAUUAAUGGGUAUGUAACAGGAAGUAAUAAAUAAUGCAAACAUCUCUAGUUUAAUUACUAAGUUUAAUAUUGAUAUCACAUGCGAUCUCAGAGAUCUUGGAAUCGAAUAUCACCCCUUACAAGGAGGGAUCCCCAAAUUAUCCCUUUCCUUACAAGUGACUUUAUUUUACCUCAAAAAAAUACUAAGCUUAAUAAGUAUUUCGGGGUU